AUGACCGUCAAAGUUGAACGUGCACCCGCCCUCUUUAUCUCGCACGGCGGUGGUCCAUUCCCGAUAUUGAACGAGGACCACGAGCCCUGGAGACAAAUUGUACGCAGUUACUCCACCAUGUUCGACAACACGAAAGGAAUUAUUUUUUUCACAGCACAUUGGGAGUCCUCGCAGCCUUCCAUUUCAGGGGCGAGUGAUCCGAACAUCUUCUUCGAUUACGAGGACCUUAAGGACCAGCUCCCUAAAGCCGCCUUUGAGAUUCACUACGAAGGGAAAGGUGACGCGGAUUUGGCGCAAAGGCUUGCAAAGCGCCUACAGGAGAGCGGAUUUGAGCCUGUUCUCGACAAAGCUCGGGGAUGGGACCAUGGUGUUUGGAUCCCGAUGAUGCUUCUCAGGCCAAGCGGAGAUAUACCCCUCGUUCAGAUGUCAGUGCUCCAGGGCCACGACGAAGGAGACUCAACAGAAAAGAAUAUCUUGGUUGGCCAAGCGUUGGAGUCCUUUCGGAACGAGGGUUAUGCAAUCAUUGGAAGCGGUGGGUCUUCCCACAAUUUCGAUGAAAUUAUGAAAGCAUACAUGAGCCCAGGCGCCAAAGUUCCCAAGGGCGCGGAGUUAUUCGAAGACUUCCUCCAAUCUGUUGCUUCCAUUUCCGAUCCAAUUGAGCGAAAGUCUAAGCUUUCAACGUGGAGAAGUGCUCCCGGUAAUGAAAUUGCGCAUGUGCCGGGUAGCUCGGAGCACCUUAUGCCAUUUAUGGUAGUAUCCGGAGCUGGUGGCCACGGAAUUGGAAAAAGAACUGACCUCUGGGAUUUGGUUGGAGCACCAGUGGGAUUCUAUUUGUGGAAGUAA